AUUCCCCCUAAUCAUAAAAAUCUCCAUCUCACAUUUCUCUUUCUUCUAUUACCCUUGAACUUCCUCAUGCCUAAAGCAAUAUCAAAUUCACAAACACGUAUAAGAAAAUAUAAUCACUUAAACUCUAUAAAUAUCAGAUAAUCCUAAAAUGGAUAGCCCAUAUUCCAAGGAGUUAUGUGUUGCUAUAGGGGCAAUCAAGGCAGCAGCUAAGCUUAGCCAAGUGAUAAUCUCAGUUGAAGACAAAGGUGUCCUUGAGAAAGACGACCUCAGUCCCGUCACUAUAGCUGAUUUUGCCAUCCAAGCCCUGCUCACUGCAACUAUUCACCAGGCAUUUCCAGAUGACAAAUUUGUCGGAGAAGAGUCAGCAGCGGACUUGAGAAGCAACCCAUUGCUAUUGGACCGUGUGUGGGCCUUGCUUCAGACUCUGAACGGGGACGAUACAAAGUCACUAUGCGUAUUACCUGAGUCUCCGGAGAAGAUGUGCGAGAUGAUCGACUGGUGCGGCUUUGGUGAACCUGGAGGUCCCCUUGCCGGAAGGGUCUGGGUAUUUGACCCUAUUGAUGGCACCAAGACCUUUGUUCAACGCGAAGCAUAUGCCAUCAACGUUGCGCUCCUAGAAGGAAGUAAGCAAGUUUUAAGCAUUGUGGGCUGUCCGACAAUAGCUGCUGAUGCUAGUAGUCCUAUCACGAACACUUCCUUGGACCCAACAGGUCAGGGCUCUAUCGUAUUUGCCGCAAAGGGGUAUGGCACGUAUGUUCGCCCAUUAACGGCAUCGCCAGACGACCAAACACAAAAUCGUAAAAUCCAACCACAUGCUAAUGAUGAAUCAUCUCAAAUAUUACGGCCAGUGUCCUGUUACAACAUGCUAGAUUCUGGGGUAGAUGAUGUGCACCAGCUGGUCAUGGACAGACUCGGUAUCGAGACUAAAGGGUGCGACCUAUUAGCCUGGGUCCUUCGAUGGGUUACUCUUGGGGUAGGGCUCGCAAAUGUGACUAUUUGGGUUUACAAGAAGCGCAGCCGCACUGGCAAGAUUUGGGAUCAUGCCGGCGCCAUGCUUUUGUUCGAAGAGGUCGGUGGUAAAAUCACAGAUGUCGAUGGCAAACCUAUCGAUUUGGGUGUGGGAAGACUGAUGACCGCCAACCACGGCUUUGUUGCUGCUCCUAAGGCAAUACACGCCAAUGUACUUCAGACUGUACAGCAGGUUCUUCGUGAGCAAGGAAAGGGCCAUCUCCUCGCGUAAGGUACCUACCUACUCAGUAUUGCGGCAAGCUUUGGCCCUUCACGGGUCCAGUCCCAAGUGAUGCCUUAGGUAUCUUUCACCUUCAAAAAGACAGUGGCCACUCACAGUGUGGAGUUUCUCUGAAGUCACCGUAGGCCUGAGAGAUGUCUAUGAGGUACCAAGGUCGACGGACAACGCACCAUAU